CUUGCUGUUGUUUUAUUUCCUCCUAUCUGUCUUUAUUGGGUUGUGCUGUUGGACCAACCCUAGCUUUGACUAAAUUACAAUAAACAAUGAGCUAUCAGCUUCUGUCCCAUUUAAUUGUCUGUAAGAAUAAAUCAGCGGGGCAUUAAAAUAGGGGGCCCUUCUGCGUUUAUGAUGCUCUAUCUCUCUCUGAAUAAUUGUAGCGUAUAAGUUGAGCUUCAUUUUUUUUUUUUAAAUGGCUUCCAAGUUGUUACCAGAAGUUUGGAAGUGGGUGUCACUUGGUUUUGUUUUUUCUUUUGUUUUGUGAAAAAUUUUACAUCAAGAUGUGCUCAUUUUUCUAAGAGUUUAGUGGGCAUGUGAUGGAGGUAUGGAUGGCAUGUGGGGUUUCUGGAAAGUGGAUUGAAUUUGACGUCCUUUUAUCUCCUCUAUUUGCGGGUGUUAAAGCUCUGAUAUGCAUGGAUGGCCUUUAAAAUUUCAUAAAAAUGAUAUCCUUUCACUUGCGUUUUCAAAUUUCUCAUUCUUGUUUAGUGUGUGUUCGGUCAAAUUAUAUGUUUCCGUGCAGAUCUACCACCAGCUUCUUCCAAUAACAGCAAAACAUUGUGUGUGAAGCUUGAGGUAUAGGACCCAAUGGAUCUUGGGCAUGGCAAGUGUUGGGAUUCUUCGAAGAAGGAUUCUUGGAAGACAUUGUUGCUUUUGGCUUAUCAGAGCCUUGGAGUAGUAUAUGGUGACUUGAGCACUUCCCCUCUCUAUGUUUACAAGAGCACAUUCGCAGAAGACAUUCAACAUUCAGAUACCAAUGAAGAGAUUUUUGGUGUUCUGUCUUUUGUUUUCUGGACCCUUACUCUGGUCCCCUUAUUCAAGUAUGUCUUUGUGGUCCUUCGAGCAGAUGACAAUGGAGAGGGUGGUACUUUUGCAUUGUAUUCAUUGAUAUGCCGGCAUGCAAAGGUUAGCCUUCUGCCCAAUAGACAGGUUGCAGAUGAAUCACUCUCCACAUACAAACUGGAGAACCCUCCAGAGAAGGACAGCUCAAGGGUUAAAAUGUACCUUGAGAAGCACAAGGCCUUGCACACUGCAUUGCUAAUCUUGGUUCUUCUUGGCACUUGCAUGGUAAUUGGAGAUGGACUGCUCACUCCAGCAAUUUCUGUCUUCUCAGCAGUGUCUGGUCUCGAGCUUUCCAUGUCCAGUAACCAUCAUCAAUAUGCAGUGGUUCCAAUCACUUGCUUCAUCUUGGUGUGCCUUUUUACACUUCAACACUAUGGCACACAUCGGGUGGGAUUUCUCUUUGCACCAGUUGUCUUGGCAUGGCUGCUAUGCAUAAGUGCCCUUGGUCUGUAUAAUAUAAUCCACUGGAACCCACAAGUCUAUCAAGCUCUUUCUCCAUAUUACAUGUUCAAGUUCAUGAAGAAAACAAAGAAAGGCGGGUGGAUGUCUUUGGGUGGAAUAUUGUUGUGCAUAACAGGCUCCGAGGCAAUGUUUGCUGAUCUUGGCCACUUCUCGUAUACUGCAAUUCAGAUUGCAUUCACCUUUUUGGUUUAUCCAGCCCUUAUAUUGGCAUAUAUGGGGCAAGCUGCUUAUUUGUCACAGCAUCAUGACAACACAAACCAUAUUGGCUUUUAUAUCUCGGUCCCAGGGAAGUUAAGGAUACCUGUCCUCAUAAUAGCUAUUCUUGCUUCUGUGGUGGGAAGCCAAGCAAUCAUCAGUGGAACAUUCUCUAUCAUAAACCAGAGCCAGUCGCUUGGCUGUUUCCCAAGAGUGAAGGUUGUUCACACUUCUGACAAGAUACACGGACAGAUUUAUAUCCCUGAGAUCAAUUGGAUGCUCAUGAUCCUCUGUAUUGCUGUGACAAUUGGAUUUAGAGACACGAAGCACAUGGGAAAUGCAUCAGGGUUAGCCGUGAUGACAGUGAUGCUAGUGACCACAUGCCUUGCUUCCCUUGUUAUCAUCCUUUGUUGGCACAGACCCCCUAUUCUCGCAUUAUCCUUUCUACUUUUCUUCGGCUCCAUUGAGUUGCUUUACUUCUCAGCUUCACUAACCAAAUUCACCGAGGGUGCAUGGCUCCCCAUCCUUCUAGCCCUCAUUUUGAUGACCAUCAUGUUUGUUUGGCAUUAUGCCACCAUUAAGAAAUAUGAAUUUGACCUUCACAACAAGGUAUCACUAGAAUGGCUCUUAGCCUUGGGUCCAAGCUUGGGGAUUGCUAGAGUCCCUGGCAUUGGCUUAGUUUUCACUGAUCUCACCUCUGGCAUCCCUGCUAACUUCUCACGCUUUGUCACCAACCUCCCUGCCUUCCAUCGUGUCCUUGUCUUUGUGUGUGUAAAAUCAGUGCCUGUGCCUUUUGUGCCCCCUGCGGAGAGGUAUCUUGUUGGUCGUGUGGGUCCUCCAGGUCAUCGGUCUUAUAGGUGCAUUGUCCGUUAUGGAUAUCGCGAUGUGCACCAGGAUGUUGAUUCUUUUGAAUCAGAGCUCAUUGCUCGACUGGCUGAUUUCAUCAACUAUGAUUGGCAUCGAAGUCAUGGGACUAGCUCAUUUCCUGAGAACGAUGCCUCUCAAUCCAAUGAAUCAUCAAAUGAGCAUAGCUUGGCAGUGAUUGGAACUGUCGCUUUCUCCGGCAUACCAGCUUAUGAGAUUGAGGAGAGUGUGCAGCUAGCAAGUAUAUCUGGUGGUUUCCCUACAGUAGAAAGUGUGACAGAUGUUAUUGAAAUGGAACCGGUUGGGGUAGUAGAAAGAAGAGUGAGGUUUGCCGUUGAUGAUGAGUCCGGAUCCCAUUCACCAGCUGAUAUGCAUUUGCAGUUACAAGAAGAGCUAGAAGAUUUGUUAUCAGCCCAACAAGCUGGUACUGCAUUUAUACUCGGGCACUCGCAUGUUAAAGCAAAGCAAGGAUCAUCACUUCUGAAGAGAUUGGCUCUUAAUUUUGGUUACAAUUUUCUCAGGCGGAACUGCCGAGGGCCAGAUGUGGCACUCAAGGUUCCGCCAGUGUCUCUUCUAGAGGUCGGCAUGGUUUAUGUUAUGUAAGAUUCCAGUGCGAGUAAUUUGUCUGCAUGUUUUUAUAUAAUGGUAAACUGAAGAUUAGAGCGAGGAAAGUGUGUAAUGUGUAUGUAGACUAGCAAGUAACUCUUUCUCAGAGUGUUGCGUCACUAACCAUCAAAUUCAUUAUGAUACAUAAAAAAAAAAAAAUUACUUACACCC